AUGGCCUCCGAUCCCGCAGUCCCCAGUCUCCCCCGCCGCGUCACGUCCGCGUUGACCGUCGCGCUGGGCGGGCUGGUCACGCGGACGUUUCUGCACGGGAUGAAUCGCGUGGAGACGGAAGGGCGGGAGGGGUUUUUGGCGGUGUUGGAUGGGCGGAAGGAUGUGGGGGGGAGGGAGAGGGGUUUGUUGACUGUGUCGAAUCAUAUCUCGGUCAUCGAUGAUCCGUUGAUGUGGGCGGUGAUCCCGCAACGAUAUUUCAUGAACCGGCAGAGCGUGCGAUGGACGCUCGGGAGCCACGAUAUCUGCUUCCAGACAGCACUCGGCACCCAAUUCUUCCUCGCCAGCCAAGUCCUCCCCACCCACCGCCUCGCCUACUCUCCCUACGGCGGCCCCUUCCAACCCACCAUGACCCAAGCCAUCCGCCUCCUCUCCGCCGGUCCCUUCACCUCGCCGACGCCGGUCCACCCGUCCAUCUCCGCCGCCACCACCACCGAAACCUCCGAGCCCCUCGACCCGUUUUCCUCACCUAACGACACCAUCUCCUACACCUACUCCACCACGCCUACCGACCUCAUCCCCGCGCCCUCCGCCUACGCCGCGAACCGGCACGCCUGGCUGCACGUGUUCCCGGAAGGACGCAUCCACCAACACCCGGACCGGGCGCUCCGCUACUUCAAAUGGGGCGUGGCGCGGCUAAUUCUCGAGUCGGAGCCGUGUCCGGACGUGGUGCCCAUUUUCGUGGAGGGGUUCGAGGCAGUGAUGCCGGAGGGGCGGGGAUGGCCGCGGUGGAUGCCGCGGGGGGGGAAGAAGUUGCGGGUGGUGUUUGGGGAGCGGGUG